CACAUUGCGUGCUAUUGUGACUGAUAUCAGACUUGACGUCCAAUCGUUGAUCGGCCCCGGCCACAGGGUAAAGGUCGUUUAUACCAAGUCGACUACAUGACUGGCCCAACGUUGCCAAUCACCUCCAGUCGUCGUUAACGUUUGCAUUGGUGAUCAGCAAUUUUUUUUAUACCCCAAAAUUUAAUUUAUUUUUUAAAUUAAUUUAUCAUUUUUUUUUUUUUAUUAUUGUCGUUCAUAAUUUUAAAUUAGCAAAGUCAAAAGUUCAAUUAUAUAAAUAACGAGAAUAAUUAAUUCAAACUGAAUGAGAAAAAAGAAUUUUUUUUUUUUAAAACAAUACAAAUUAAUAGAAAAAAAAAAAACAAAAAAAAAUUGACAAAAUGAAUUAAUAAAAAAAAGAUCAAUUUCAAGUGCGCCUGUGUUAUUGAUUUAUUUUUAAUUUAAUGUGAAAUUUGUAAUGAAAAAUAAACGAACGUUAAUAAAUAGAUAAAAAAACAAUAAUUAAUUAUUAAAUUAACGUAAAAUAAAUUAUUAUAAAUUAAAUUUAGAAAAAAAAAAAGAAAAAUGAAUUUUUCAAUAUUGACAAUAUUAAUAUUUUCAUUUGUACUUAUGAGUGUUGAUACAUUUACACUUAUUGAUCCACUUAAAAGUGUAUGGUCUUCAUUGUAUCCACAAAAAACAAGUAGUUUAAGUGAUCCAAUAAGUGAAAUUAGUAUAAAAUUUAGUGAUGAAGAAAUAAAUAAUUGUCCAGGAUGUAUUAAAAAUCGUGUUAUGGAAGAAAUUGGUGAUAUGGAUCAGGUGUUAAAUGAAAUACGUGUUGAAUAUGUCAAACAACAGAUAUUAAAAAAAUUACGUUUAUCAAAACCACCAGACGUUUCAAUUUCCCUCUCGACCUUACCAAAGCCAUUGAUAAAUGGACGCGUGCUCGAACUUCGACCCGGUAGACCACUAGAACCGGAAAAACAAGCUGAAAGUUUUUAUGGAAAAACUGAUCAAAUUGUUAUAUUUCCAAAUGAAGGUGUCGGUGAUUUGACUGAUUGCAGACAAACAUCAAAUCAUCUCACGGGAUUUACACCAGCUGUUUGUUUUACAUUCAAUCUACCAACUGAAAUGCAAUAUGUCGAUGUAACAUCAGCAGAUUUAUGGUUCUACAAAGAAAACGAUGAAAAUGAUAUGUUUGGUCAGACAUUUGUUUUAUCUGAGCUUGACCACUGGGAUCAAGGUGGAAGUUUUGAAAAAAAUACAAUCAUGGCAAUAUUCGAAACGUCAAUUGGUGAAGGAUGGGUUAAAACAGAUGCUGCAUUUACGUUGAGAAAAUGGGUUGAGAGUCAUAGACUUAAUCAUGCAAUACAAAUUGCAUGUAGUACAUGUUCAAUUGAUCGUAAUACAGCACCAGUAUCAACUGAAUUAACAUUAAAACCAUUUUUAGUUAUUCAUACAUCACCACAACCACAAAAAAAUCGUCCAAAACGUAAUUCAAAUUGUUUACCAGAAAUGAAAGAAUGUUGUCGUGAUGAAUUAUAUAUUAGUUUUCAAGAUAUUGGAUGGAGUGAUUGGAUUCUUCAUCCAAGUGGUUAUCAUGCAUAUUUUUGUCGUGGUUCAUGUACAACUGCUGCAGCAUUAACUGUUAGUGGUACACCUUACAACAAUAUUAUUCGUAAAGUGUUGACUAAAAAUGGCAAAUCACAAAGAAGAAAUGAAAUAGUACCAUGUUGUUCACCAACUCAAUUAUCACCAAUUCAACUUCUUUAUGUUGAUUCAAACAAUACAAUAACUCAAAAAACACUACCAAAUAUGGUUGUAGAAGCUUGUGGAUGCAUGUAAAAAAAUUCAUUUUAUUUUUCAUCAUUUCAAGCAUAAAUUUCCAUAUGGGGUAGCUUCAAUGUACAUAUAUAUAUUUUAUAUCUCUUAUAUACUUUUUAAAAUUUAUCAUUUGUCAACUUUUGGGCUGAUGUGCCGCUUAGCAAAUAAUGAAAGGAAAAAAAAAAUCAAGCCAGCAAAAAAACAGCAAAAAAAUAGAAACCGAAAAAAUUUAAAAAAAUAAAAGAAAAUAAUAUUACCACAAGGAAAAUAAAAUUAUAAAAAAAAUAUAUACAUUGCAAAGACAAUGAAAAAAUAAAAAUAAAACGUAAAAUUCAAGAGAUUAAAGUAGAAAUAGUGAAACGUGCUGGAAGCACUGCUGGUGAAGAUUCUUUCUAGCGUAGAAACAAGAGCGUACUUGAGCUUUUUUUUUCCCUUCUUUCAAAUGUCUCUUUUACCCCCUACCCCUGUCUCUCUCACUCUCUCUUUUUUUCUCUCUCUCUCUCUAUAUCGCUCCUUAGUGGUUGCGUUAUUGUAUUAUACAUAACGUACACGGUGCCUUCAUUCUGAGCGAGUUUAAAUGAAAAAAAAUAAAUAAUAAAAAAUUCAACUGUAAAAAAAAAACAUAGAGAGAUAACAAAAAAUACAAUUAGCAAAAGCUGUUGAAACAAAAAAAAAGUACCAAGCGACGGUAAACCAAGACAGUAUUUAUACUUCCUUUUUAUUCCAUUUUUUUUUUUUUUUUUUUUUCAUUCUGCAAGCCUUAGUAAAUUUGUGCUUUUUUAUGUAUAAAAUAUUUGUGUCCAAGUGAUGUUCGUUUAGCUAGAACUGACCCGGAU